AUGGAUCGCCUUCCGCUGGAACUCCUGGACGCCAUCUUCCAGUACCUCACACCUUUAGACCAUCAAGAGCACAAAGUCGGUCUUAGCAGCCUGCGCUUCCUAUGUAAGAGAAUUGCGUCCGCCGUUGCUCCUCAUUUAUUCUCAACAAUCCCCGUAUGGAUAAGCGCAAAGAGCUUGAAGAAUCUGGACGAUCUCUCGAAACAUCCAGAAAUCUGUCAGUUUGUCGAGGAGAUCCGCUUCUCGCCUCUUCAGGUCACGAGUCCUAUGAGCUGGUUAUCCCCUUCUGAGCAGGUCAUCUGGGAUUUCAAUCCUCCCGCAGAAGCUAUUGAAGGCUUUAUUGACGCUGAGCGUCAUCGAAUCAUCACCGAGGAGUACAUGCGAUGCCAAGAGGGCUUAUUGAACAAUAGCGACGCCAUUCAACUACUCUGUACUGCUUUGUACCGUUUGUCGAAUCUGAAAGCCAUCGAUUUUAUUGUAUUCAGCCACAAGAUCGGGGCAGCCGAGCUUCGUGCAGCAUACCCUACCUUCACACACGAAGAGUAUCAUUGGGACUGUUUAGCCGCCAUCGAUGUCUUCAUUCCCGUGUUGAGAGCUCUCCCUCAGCCAAUUCAGUCAUUACGCUUCAGCGAAGACGAACGAGACUAUUCCCAUGAUCCUACUCGGCAUCUAGUGAAAUCUGGAGCGGAAACAGAUUCCAUGAACAUUGCCAUUGAAUUGGCCGAAUUAGAUUGGUCACAUCUUCGAAGCUUGGAAAUGCAGUAUCAUAAAAGCAGCAAGAUUUCCACGCGAGGUAUUAUCAUUGAGAAAUUUGGCAAGGCGGUUCAAUCGUUCAUCAGAAGAGCGCCUAAACUUACAAGUCUGACAAUCCUCAGCAAAAACCAAAUCAGUAUUGAUACCGUCAAUGGGAUUUCCGGACUAUUGGAGGGUAUCGAGCUACAAAAUUUGGAGCGCUUGCAUCUAUCAUCCAUGACGCUCUCGGAAGACAGCCUAUGCACGUUUUUGUCUUACCACUCACUUACACUUCGUCGAAUAACACUUGACUGCGUACGAAUAACUGAGCCUAAUGACUGGCCGUCCUUUCUUCAUAGGUGGAGAAGCCUCUAUCGAAAAAAGCUGGGCCCUGUCUCUAGCAAUUUAAAGCUGUUCAGAUUGUUGUUUUGUGACAUUUCACAUCUACAAACCGACGUGGAUGUUGCACCGUUCUUGAAAGCUGAAACAGACGUGUCUCCUUUUGACGCAAACGAUAUUGAGAUCGAUGACGAGGUGGAAGAUUCGACUUACUCUUCAGAGCCAGACCCAGAGCAAGAUCCUUUAGAGUGGUUGUCUUAUGGUGAAAGCCCCAACGGUUCUGAGUAUGACACGCCCGAUUGGUGGUCUGAAAACGAUGAAAUGGAUGCGUUGGGAGAAAGUCCAGGAUAUUUAAAUGACGAACAAUCCAACACGGUCAACUCGCAUACUAACGAAAACGGGCAUUUUAAAGGAUGA